CUCCAAAAUAAGUAUAUUGAUAUGCUUAUAUUGUAUAUUGCAGGAUUUAAAAAAUCGUUUCUCAUGUGUGCGCAAAGUAAGAGGUGAUGGUAACUGUUUCUACCGAGCAUUUGGAUUCCGAUAUUUUGAAACAUUACUGGAAGACAAAUCAGAUUAUAACAGAUUUAAAGAAGUAGCCCAAAAGACAAGAGAUGGUUUAAUUCAAUUAGGAUUUCCAGAAUUUACUAUUGAUGACUUUCAUGAAAAUUUCAUGGAUGUAGUGAACAAAUUGGAGACGUGUACAUUAGAUGAGUUACUACAAACCUUUAAUGACCAGGGACUGUCGGAUUAUCUGGUGGUCUUCCUAAGGUUGGUUGUUUCUGGUCAUCUGCAAAAGGAGGCUGAAUUUUUCAGUAAUUUCAUUGAAGGAGAAAGAGGAAUUAAGGAGUUCUGCAAUCAGGAGGUGGAACCUAUGGGUAAAGAGAGCGACCACAUACAGAUUAUAGCCCUGACCUCCGCCCUGGGGGUGCCGGUCAGGGUGGAGUACAUGGAUCGCGGGGAAGGGGACCAGUGUAAUCACCAUAACUUCCCGGAGGAUUCUACUCCCGUGGUAACCCUACUGUACAGGCCAGGACACUAUGACGUUCUGUACACCUAACAGUGGGGGGCAUGUUAUAGACCAAAAACUGCAGUGUUGACAGUGGCGUGUGAGAUAGACCAGCUACUUCUGUGUUUACAUUGUUCUGUUUAAUCUUAUUUCUUUUCUGUGAGACACUAAAAUGUUUCUGUUUAUGGAAGAGUAUACUCGUAUGUAUGUGUUUAUUUUACGUGAGAUACAUUAGCUUUUUUUAUAGAGAGGAUUUAUGCAAUGUCGUAGCAGGAAAGUUGUGAAUUUUUCUUACAGCUGAAAAAUUGUCAAAUUCUAUUUGAAAAUCGACAAUAAAAGAAAAUAAAUAAAAAGACAUUAAUUGCA